GGGUGAUGACGUGACGCUCACCGCGAUGGCGGCGGCCGUGGUCCCGGCUCUGCGGUGCUCGCUGCUGCAGCGCCGGCCCCUCCGCUGCGGGCCGGGUGUGCGGGCUGUGCCCGGCGCCGGGGCCGCCCUCAGGCCGUGCAGCUCGCGGGUGGCGCAGGACGGCAUCAACCAGCCCGUCAUAGACCGCAUCAUCCGCGUGGACCACGCGGGGGAGUACGGGGCGAACCGCAUCUAUGCGGGGCAGAUGGCCGUGCUGGGCAGGUCCAGCGUGGGACCCGUCAUCCAGCAAAUGUGGAAUCAAGAAAAAAACCACCUGAAAAAGUUCAAUGAGCUCAUGGUUGCAUACAGAGUUCGACCUACUGUUCUAUUGCCUUUCUGGAAUGUAGCAGGUUUUGUUUUAGGGGCUGGAAGUGCUUUGCUUGGGAAGAAGGGUGCAAUGGCUUGCACAGUGGCUGUGGAAGAGAGUAUAUCAGAGCACUACAACAACCAGAUCAGAACUCUGAUAGAGGAGGAUCCAGAAAAGUACAAAGAACUACUGCAGGUCAUAAAGCAGUUCAGGGAUGAGGAGCAGGAGCACCACGACAUCGGGCUGGAGCACGAUGCAGAAGCUACACCAGCUUAUUCUGUUUUGAAGACAGCCAUACAACUUGGAUGCAAAGCUGCAAUAUUUUUAUCAGAAAGAAUUUAGUUAUAUUUUUCAUAAUAGCUGUGGCAAUAAACUGUGACACAAAAGAAUAUGGAAAUUGUGGAAGACUCAGCUAUUUUGUUCAGCCUUUUAAAUUUUUCUGCACUGAGCACUUGAUUCAGCCUUCCUUUGUCACAUUGAAUCCCCAUUUACAAAGUAUCUCUAUUAAAGUCGGUUGAGCUAAAUGUGAAUAAAGGUGGCAGAGUUGAGUCUGUGUGAACUAAACCUCCCUAUUCAGAGACUGUUCACAAGGUGGCAGCACAAUAUGUUUAUACAUGGUAUAUGUAUACAAUAUUAGUGUAUGGAUGCACAGACAUAAAAAUGACAAAUACUUUCUCUGUUGCCUUCAAAUUUAUGUGUACUUGAAAUAAGCUGGCGCAGCUCAUUUUAAAAUAGUUAUACAGACCAAGAAGAAUAUUUUUUCUGUUUCCAGGAUGAGUGCAGUAAUAGUAUUUAUUUUCAGUCCAUCUUGAAUAAAAAUUGGUAUUAUAAGACCAGUUUUACUUAAAGACUUCUGUGUGUUUUGGGGUGGGCCUUUUUUCAGGCACAGUUCCCAAUUCUUAAGUAUAAUUUUACUUACUAUAUUGGUUUUUUGUGGGGAUUUUUUGUUGUUUUUCUUUUUGUAUUUUCUUGGGUUUGUUUGGUUUGCAGGUUUUUCUUACCUGAGCAUGUAAGGGACUGAUCCCUGUCAUAAAGCAGGAGAAGGCAAUUUGGAGCACUGUGAAAUUGCAUUCAAUAUUCUAUUAGAGCUUUCAAUCUUAUCUUACUUUGUUCAGACAACAUUUAAUCCAGGUACAUCUGGGCUUGCCUUUUUUAGUAGCUCUGUUGGUGUUUGUAGGUACUGAUUGAUGAGUAAUUUGACAUUAAAGGCUUCUUAAAGAGGAUUAUUUGCCCUUUUUUUU